AUUCUAGGGUUUUCAAAGGACGGCGUGUUGGUAUAAAAAUAACCGCAUCGACCAUUUCGUGUUUGUUUUGGGGGAAUUUUUUUUUUUUUUAUCUCUCUCCCUCUCUCACAAUAACCCGAGAUCCGAUCUCUUCUUUUCCCCCUCUCCCUCCCCACACUCUCCUCUCUAAACCUCCUCCGAGAGUCGUAGAUCGAGCUUCGGAGUUGCUGUUCGUCGAAUUCGCCGAAGAAUAAGUUGGAGUUGUAGUUCGCUUUGGAUUGCGGAAGCAGUAGAAGAGCUUGGAUUUGGGGGUGGAUUCUACAGUAGAUCGCGAUGGGAGCUCGGGUGUCGAAGGCGAUGGCGUGUUGUUUCGGAUCGCAGUUCAAAGGGACGGUUCUCGAAGCUCCCGAUGUUGAGAGCGAGGAGAAGGGCGAGACGUACGACGUACCACCGUUCCAGGAAUUCUCUUUCGAGCAGCUGAAAUUGGCCACGUCGGGAUUCGCCGUCGAGAAUAUCGUAUCGGAGCACGGGGAGAAGGCCCCCAAUGUAGUGUAUAAAGGGAAAUUGGAUGCGCAGCGGAGAAUCGCUGUGAAGCGGUUUAAUAGAUUGGCGUGGCCUGAUCCACGGCAGUUCUUGGAAGAAGCAAAAGCUGUUGGUCAACUUCGGAACCAUAGGUUGGCAAAUUUACUUGGCUGCUGCUGUGAAGGUGAAGAGAGGCUACUUGUGGCAGAGUAUAUGCCUAAUGAUACUCUUGCAAAACAUCUUUUUCAUUGGGAAUCAAAACCGAUGAAAUGGUCUAUGAGAUUAAGGGUAGUACUCUAUCUAGCUGAGGCCUUGGAAUAUUGCACUAACAAGGGGCGUGCGCUGUAUCAUGACCUUAAUGCGUAUAGAGUACUAUUUGAUGAUGAUUGUAACCCCAGGCUGUCCUGUUUUGGCUUGAUGAAGAACAGUAGGGAUGGGAAAAGUUAUAGCACGAAUUUGGCAUUUACACCACCUGAAUAUAUGAGAACUGGAAGAAUAACACCUGAAAGUGUCAUAUACAGCUUUGGCACGUUAUUGGUUGACGUGCUUAGUGGGAAGCACAUUCCUCCUAGUCAUGCCCUUGACUUGAUAAGAAAUCGCAACUUCAAUAUGCUGACAGACUCAUGCUUGGAAGGGCAAUUUUCAAAUGAGGAUGGAACAGAGCUAGUACGCUUAGCUUCGAGAUGCCUACACUAUGAGCAACGAGAGCGGCCUAAUGUGAGGUCUUUGGUGCUAUCUUUGACUCCGCUUCAAAAGGAGACUCAGGUUCCUUCAUAUGAGCUGAUGGAUAUACCUCGUGGCGGUACAUCGACAUUGGAGUCACUAUCUCUUUCUCCACUGGGCGAAGCUUGUUCUAGAGUGGAUUUAACAGCAAUACAUGAGAUUCUUGAAAAGACUGGUUACAAGGACGAUGAGGGGACAGCUAAUGAGUUAUCAUUUCAGAUGUGGACCAGCCAAAUGCAAGAAACACUGAACUCAAAGAAGAAGGGUGAUACUGCAUUCAGGCACAAAGACUUUAAUUCUGCAAUUGAGUGCUACUCCCAGUUUAUUGAAGUUGGGACAAUGGUUUCUCCAACAAUUUUCGCCCGUCGUUGCUUGUCAUACCUGAUGAAUGAUAUGCCACAACAAGCACUUAGUGAUGCAAUGCAAGCACUAGUCAUAUCUCCGACUUGGCCUACUGCAUUUUAUCUACAGGCCGCCGCCCUUUUCGCCCUAGGAAUGGAAAACGAAGCUCGAGAAGCACUUAAAGAUGGCUCUUCCUUAGAAGCAAAAAAGAAUGGGGUACACUAACAACCAUAAAUCAAUUUAUGGCUGGGUAAAAGUGAGCCCGAAUUCCGGUUAACGCAUGAACAACACUGUUGGAUGCUGAAGCAGUUUUUGGUCAGUACUUAGAAGUGGCUAGGUCAGCCCCUAUUCUUAUGUACAUAUGGAGGACAUUACUGCAACACCCAUGCAAAAGUUUGCAAAUGGAUCUCUCUCUCUUCUCUCUCUGUUAAGAUGCGAAAAUGUUUUCUUUGUUUGUUGCUUUAUAAAGUGUUAUUUCACAAAGGGCUCAUGGUGUAUAUUGUUGAUCUUUCGCAUCUUUGUAUAGCAGUGGAAUGGUCCAAUUUGUUAUCGUGGUUCUCGAAUCCCGACAUUAGACCUUCUUUGGAUCUAUUUCUUGCAUUCAUAAACAAUGUGAUUUGUUAAAGUUUUGCGUAUAUUGUUGGUCUUGUUGCCACA